GAUGACCGUCGAUUAUUCGAGCGAUUUAUUGAGAAACGUUCACCGUGAUAUCCCUGCGCCGGAAGUCGGUCAAAGUUUCUUCGUUCAAGGGGAUUACGAGUAUUGGCACUAUGGUUGCGAUGGUUUUAACGAUAAGGGUUGGGGAUGUGGAUAUAGAACUCUGCAAACAAUAUGCUCGUGGGUUAUAAGGAACCGGAACUUGGACCAAACCGUCCCAAAUAUCAAACGUAUACAGGAAGUACUCGUCACGCUGGAUGAUAAGGAACAAUCAUUUAUUGGAUCCAGGGAGUGGAUAGGGAGUUUCGAAGUAUGCCUUGUAUUGAAUCACUUGUACGAGGUUCUCAGUAAAAUCGUGCAUGUUCCAAAUGGUAGAGCCUUGCGGGACCAAGUUUCAGUUAUCAAGGGUCACUUCGAGGAAUUCGGUAGUCCAAUCAUGAUGGGAGGAGAUAGGGAUUGUUCAAGUAAGUGCGUUGUAGGAAUCCAUGAGGGUGCAAACAACAUCUAUUUGUUAAUCGUGGAUCCGCAUUUCGUUGGUCGAGCAACAGGAACAGAACAAUUAGAGAAUUAUCGUUGGGUGAAAUGGCAACGUUUGGAUGAUUUCGUUGGCAGCUCCUUUUACAAUCUCUGUUUACCUCAGAUCAAGUUUAUAAGUGGAUACAAUAAAUAGUAUACUGUAUAUACAUGUAAAUAUAUCUGCAUUUUCCAUAAUUA